ACCACCCUCUGAUCUCCCACCCUCAUCAGUCCACCAUGGGCCAGACCAUCAGCAAACCCCCUUCUAACACCUUCCAGAACUCCAACUUUCUCUCCUCUUUUAAACGUGCCAACUCCAGCCGUCGUUCCUACCAUCAGAACACCCCCCCUCGACCGAGCAUCUUCUCCACACUGAGAAGGCCCACCGUCCCCAAACCUAAUGAUUUCAUUGCUCUAUUCAACGAUUGCAUCUCUGUCGCCUCAUCCAGAACUCAAGAAUACCUCCUCUUUAAAGACCCGGAGGACAAGUUCCACCCGAGCACUGAGGUGCUCACUCAGGUCUUUUUAAUGACCUACAUCUCUCAGAGCGUCAACCUCAACAUGACAGACAGCUUCAACUGCACAGCCAUGACGCCUGAGCAGCGCAUCCUCCUGGGGGCUGACUGGGUUUGGGCUGUGCUGGAGAAGCCCACCAAGAACCCUCGGAUCCAGAUUGCCGUGCGGGUCCUACACCUGCCCGACAUGCAGGACGUCGAGGAGAACUUCCCCUCAGAGGCCUGCAGCGACUCCAUCCAGAUUGCCCAGAAGGAGUCCAACAACAAGACUACGUACGAGAGGAUGGUCGAUUUCUGCACCUCCAUCGGCAAGGACUGCUACGCCCUCUUCUUGUUCUUUGGUAAGAAAAACGACAAAGAGAAUAUCUAUGGCGUCCUCAGCAACAACUUUGAGGCAGCAAUCGGGAAGUGCAACAAGAUUGACAGAGCUUUAAUCGAGAACUUCUUCAAAGGCUCGAGGUAUCUCCAUACACCUUCAGGAAUGAUGCAAGCUAUUGUCACCAGGAGAGUGGGAGAGCCUCUCACUCUCAUGAUUAAAUUCAGCUGAACCAAAGGGACUUGUAAUAUUUAAUGGCCAAUAACAUGAUACAGCCACACAGUAAUAACCUUUAUGUGAUAGAAAUGUGGGGUUUAUUAUUGUUAUCUCUUGAGAAAUUACCUUCAGACCUACUAAGUUGAAAAUAGAAGGCUUUUGAGAAAAACUAUCACAGUUGUUUGAUGGUACAUCAAUAUGUCAGUUUUCUGCUGUUUACUUUGAGGCCUGUUUUCUGACAGCUUAAUCAACACGUCAUUUAAAAACAAGACCAAACAUACUGCACUUACAUGCGUCUUUAAAAAGUUGCAAGGUUCCAUCAUACAAUUUGUCCAACAGAGGAGUAACUAUUAAUGUUACUAAUGGUUGAAUCCCAUUUCUAUGCUUUACUUCCAGGGUCUAGCUAUUGUAUGACUCACUACUACAACUAUUAUUAGUUACACUGCUUUUUCUGCUCUGACGUGAAAAAAAGGUUAUUAGAUGUGAUUAACAGCAAAACCUCAUACCUGUCUUCAGUCUUCAGUGUUUCUUCAAAGAGAAAAGGAUCAUACAAACCUAAAGUAACAUGUGUAAAUGUUAAAAGGUUAAAUGCAUGAGUGCAGAACUAGAAUUAUAUUUAUUAGUUAGAUAUAAUCCAUCCUGACAUUAAACAAAGCUCAAGUGAAUAGUUCACUUGAAAAUGAAAAAUCAGUGUAGAUCCGUCCCUCCAGGAUUUUGCUGGCUUUUUUUUUUUAUUGUUGCAGCUUAAAAUGCCUGAUUUAACGUCAGCUUUUCUAAAACAUUGUGAUGCAAGUUGCGAUGUUGUUAGGCAUUUUUUUGCAAUGAAAGAGAGUAAGUGAAAAUGAAAACUACGAAAAUUAAAUUAUUAAAAGUCAAAGGCAACUUGUUCCAAUGAAAAUAAAAUCAUAACUGUACCAUCACAACUUCCUGGAGGAACUAGAAGUUCUGAAAGAUAGAAAAAGAGUGAAGUAGGGCAACUACCUCCAAUAAACCAAAGUAAACUGGAACAUGUUCUUUAAAGACAGACAACGAUGACCAGAAAAUCACAUGACAUACUUGCAACAGGAUCCAUGUUUUUGUAACCAAAUAGCUGCUGUGUUUAUGUAAAUUUGAGUUGAGUUUAGGCUUUCUUUACAGUGUUGUUUUGUAUAUUACCAACUAUUUUACUGGAUAUAGGCAGAAUAUUGGUACUUUUACCUGAAACUACUCUUCUUGAGGGGAAUUCUCAUUUCCUUUAAAUUUGUAUCACAAAUUGCAAUGGGUUAAAUGGAAGAAUGAGUAUGCAACAUGUUUAGAUUUGGCAUGCUAAUUAUUCUCAAAUUAUAUUAAUAACAUGGACAGGAAACAUUUACUGUGAUAUUGUUUGAUGUCACUAUAUCAGCAUACAGUAGGGUAAAAACAAAGUGAAAUAUUUGUUUUAAUUUUAUCAAAUAUUAUUGUAAAAUGACUUUAGAUCUUUAACUAAUUAUUGUAUAUUGUAAAUUGUCACAUAUUUAAUUUAAAUACUAACAUAUCUUCUCAACAUAUCUAACUCAAUUGCUUUGAUCCUCAUUAUUGUUGCUUUAUGCAUUGUUUUGCUUUUUAUAAAAGGAUUUGCAAGAAGAUAAUGUUUUUCCACUUGUGUACAACAAUAUCAAAAAGCUUUCUAAGAGGAUUUGUGGGUAAAAUGUACUCCUGAGUGCUGAUGUCCUGAUCAGAUCUCACUUCAGCUAGACCAAAAGCUUCUAAGAGGGCUGUAAAAAAUAAAACACACAUUGGAGAGAAAUAGCAGGUUUACCUGGAAAGACCAGUGUGUUAAGGUAACAUUACGAGACAGAGCAGGAGCUGCGGGGAUCAAACCGACACCUUCCAAUUAGUGGACAACCACUAUGCCUCUGAGCCACAGCCGCCCACAUUCCAAUUAAACAAAGGCCAGUUUGUCAAAAUACAAAUUCAGCAGCAAACUACAGAAAUCAUGUCAGAGUGGAGAGGAUGGUCCAGGCAGCACACCCCAACCAUUACUUUACCAUUAAUAAAUACAUUAUUGUCUCAUCAUUUUAGCCCUGCUAGCAGCUCAGAGGAUUG